CAAAUACCACGACCAACAAUUUUCAACACUUGAGCAUGGACGACGAUCACGACUACGAUGGCGGCAUGGACGACGGCGACCACGUCGACGAGGAGCUGCAGGAGGAAGAGAUCGAAAACUUUGAUGAGGAUGGACAGGGCGAACACGAAGGCGGCGUUGAGCUCCUGAACGAAGGCGAGAAGCAGCCGAACGCGAACCGCAUCACGACCCGGUACAUGACGAAAUACGAACGGGCACGUGUGUUAGGCACCCGCGCACUCCAGAUCAGCAUGAACGCCCCCGUGAUGGUUGAUAUCGAAGGUGAGACCGAUCCCCUCAAGAUCGCGAUGAAGGAACUCGCCGAGCGCAAAAUUCCCAUCAUCAUUCGCCGAUACCUCCCGGAUGGGUCGUACGAAGACUGGUCCAUCGACGAGCUCAUCAUUGAAUAAUGCACCGACUAACUUGUAUAUCUAUUCGAUUACUUGCGUGUCAUCGCGCAGUUCACCACGAGCAGAAACAUGACGAAUUGGAUGUAUUACCACG